UGAUCACCAUCUCCCUGGUGUCUCUUCCCUCCUCUUUCUCUCUUCCUUUGCACUUCCUAGAUCUCCCUGUAAAUUUUCCAGGCUAGACCCUGUAAGUCGUCGGUAGCCAGGCGAGACGUUCAUCGUGGUUUGUCGGAGCCGUGUUUCAACUCCAUUGUGGUCGCUUUUUUCCUCCAUCCCAAACAGCACUACAUUUCAUCAUGGCGGACAGUCCGGUGCCCUACAAGGGGGCAGCCGAUGGCACGGGCGGCGACUCGUUGCACGAGGACCUCAACAUCUACUACAAUUCAGGCGACAUAGCAUGGGUCAUCGUGUCGACAGCUCUAGUGCUGCUCAUGAUCCCAGGCGUCGGAUUCUUCUAUUCCGGCCUCGCACGACGAAAGUCCGCCUUAUCCCUCCUAUGGCUCUCCAUCAUGUCCGCAGGAAUGGUAUCCUUCCAAUGGUUCUUCUGGGGCUACUCGCUCGCCUUCUCCCACACAGCCGGGAAAUACAUCGGCAACCUAGACAACUUCGGCUUCAAGGGCGUGCUCGCCGCCCCGUCCGUCGGCAGCGACAAGGUCCCCGACCUCCUCUUCGCAGUCUUCCAAGGCAUGUUCGCCGCAAUUACCGUAGCCCUCGGCGUCGGCGCCGUCGCCGAACGCGGCCGCAUGCUCCCCUGCAUGGUCUUCAUCUUCAUCUGGUCAACAAUCAUCUACGACCCGCUCGCCUGCUGGACCUGGAACUCCUCCGGCUGGGUCUACCAGCUCGGCGGGCUCGACUUCGCCGGCGGGACACCCGUGCAUAUCGCCUCCGGCGCAACCGCACUCGCAUACUCCCUCAUGCUCGGCAAACGCCGCGGCCACGGCACCCACGAGCUCAACUACCGCCCUCACAACGUCACGCACGUCGUUAUCGGCACUGUCUUCCUCUGGGUGGGCUGGUUCGGGUUCAACGCGGGCUCGGCCCUCAGCGCGAACCUGCGUGCUGUCAUGGCUGCUGUCGUUACGAACCUCUCGGCUGCCGUGGGCGGCGUUACCUGGUGUCUUUUGGAUUAUAGGCUCGAGCGCAAGUGGUCGACAGUGGGGUUCUGCUCUGGUGUGAUUUCGGGUCUCGUCGCUAUCACUCCUGGGUCGGGUUUCGUUACGCCUUGGGCGGCGUUUAUCUUUGGUGUCGUCGGCGCGGCAGCUUGCAACUACGCUACUAAGCUGAAGUAUCUUCUUCACAUUGACGAUGCGUUGGAUAUCUUCGCCGUACACGGCGUGGGGGGCGUCGUGGGGAACCUUCUGACUGGUCUUUUCGCCGCUGACUACAUAGCCCACCUAGACGGCACCACCGAAAUCGACGGCGGCUGGCUCAACCAAAACUACAUCCAACUCGGCUACCAACUCGCCGACUCCGUCUCGGGCCUCGCCUACGCCUUCUUCGGCAGCUGCAUCAUCCUCUUCCUCAUCAAUCUCGUCCCGGGAUUGAGUCUCCGUGCGCCUGAGGACGACGAAAUCAUGGGCAUGGAUGAUGUUGAGAUUGGGGAGUUUGCUUACGACUACGUCGAACUCACCCGCGACGUCAUCAGUCCCUCGCCGAGCGAAAACGGAGACGGCUCAUCCACGAAGCGGUCUAUGUCUAUCCCUCAGACGGGGAUAGCCACCGAUGGUGGUGUCGAUGAGGCGAAGGCUUGAUUGGCCUCAUUCAUUCAUUUCUUGCCUUGGCCUGGCCUGACCUGACCUGGCUACUACUAGGUAGUUUAUCUACUAUUCAUUUUAUUCUUUUUUAUAUUAUUGGAAUUAUAUACCCUUGCCU